UCUCUCUCUCCCUCUCUCUCUCCGAUUGUGUGGCGCCAUAGUGAAAAACACUGCAGUUCUGAGCCAGUCAGUGAGAGCCAGGAGCCUAUACACACAGUCUCUCUUCCUCAUUCAGUUACUGGCUCACUCUCUCUACUCUAAUCACGCGCUGCUCCUCGCCUCCUCACUGCAUCUGUCCUCUUCUCCCUGAAGUGAGAAACCAUGCAUCCUCCUUUCUCCUCCUCCUCCUCCUCCUCUCUGCUCGUCCAUUGCUGUUCCAGGGUCCCUUUAUCACACAGAGUCCACUUGCUGCAAAGCCGGGGACCAUAAAAGCUCUGCUACUUGCUCGAGGACUUUGGAGACGGGACAAGGCUGUUUGCCGGGUCUGAGGACAUCUGUGGGAAAUGCCGCUUCAGCUGGGAUGCAGAUCUUUCUGGGACCCCUGCUCAGCACGUAACAGCGCUUGAUCGCUCUCAAAGUUCCAGGAGAAGGAGCAUCAAUCAAGACUCUCAUCCGGCUCCGUCCUUGUUUUUCACAGAGCGCCGGCAACUCGCUGCGUGUGGAGCCAGACCAGCUCAGGAUCUCAGCGCCUCACACACACACACACACACACUGACCGGGACCGCCGCUGAUAUGCCUGAGCUUCACAUAGCAUAACUUUGAGUAAAUUCUCUCAAAAGAGAUGGAAUAAAGCCGUGCAUCACUUCCUACUGCCAUCUCCAUAUGAGAAUCAGCGGCCGGAAUUGGCACGGACCUUUGAUUUUCAACUUCACAUAAGUUUAGUUCUGCAGACUAGAAAUAAAAAAAAGACUCUUAAGCACUUUAAGGACUAAAACAGAGCAGCUCUAGUGGCCUUUGCCUCGAGCCAUGCAGGUGUCCUUUGCAUGUACAGAUCACGGGCUCAAGGCCCCUCGAAAUGGCGAGCACAGCAAGCAGAACGCCACGAGCCCCAACACAGCCAGCCAGGCACGUGCCCGGUUCCGCACAGUGGCCCUAAUAGCUCGCAGCCUGGGGUCCUUCACCCACCGCUACCACCACAGCCUCAAGGAGUCGACGGCCAAGCUCACCGGCAUGAAGUACCGGAACCUGGGGAAAUCUGGGCUGCGUGUCUCCUGUCUGGGGCUCGGAACAUGGGUAACAUUUGGAGGUCAGAUCUCUGACGAGGUGGCAGAGCAGCUGAUGACUAUCGCCUACGAGAGCGGGGUCAACCUCUUUGACACAGCCGAGGUCUACUCCGGGGGGAAAGCAGAGAUAAUCCUGGGAAACAUCAUCAAGAAAAAGUGCUGGAGGAGAUCCAGCCUGGUGAUCACCACAAAGCUGUACUGGGGAGGAAAAGCGGAGACAGAGCGAGGCCUCAACAGAAAACACGUCAUUGAAGGUUUAAAGGGCUCCCUCCAGAGGAUGCAACUCGAGUAUGUGGAUGUGGUCUUUGCCAACCGGACAGACACCAAUACCCCCAUGGAGGAGAUAGUCAGAGCAAUGACACAUGUGAUCAACCAGGGGAUGGCCAUGUACUGGGGGACAUCACGGUGGUCUGCCAUGGAGAUCAUGGAAGCGUAUUCUGUGGCCAGGCAGUUCAAUCUCAUCCCACCAGUGUGUGAACAGGCAGAGUAUCAUUUCUUCCAGAGGGAAAAAGUGGAAACUCAGCUUCCAGAGCUCUACCAUAAGAUAGGUGUGGGUGUGGUCUCUUGGUCACCUUUGGCCUGCGGGAUAAUCACAGGAAAGUACGAGAAUGGUAUCCCAGAAUCCUCCAGGGCCUCGAUGAAGCCAUACCAGUGGUUGAGAGAGAAAAUCGUGAGUGAGGAAGGGAGAAAACAGCAAGCCAAACUAAAAGAGCUGGCUCAUAUUGCGGAGAAGCUUGGAUGCACUUUGCCACAGCUAGCCAUAGCCUGGUGCCUGAGGAACGAGGGAGUGAGCUCAGUGCUUCUGGGGUCCUCCAGUCCAAGCCAGCUCACAGAGAACCUGGGAGCCAUUCAGGUGAUUCCAAAGAUGACAGCAGGCAUCGCCUCAGAGGUGGAUCAUAUACUAGGCAACCGUCCACAUAGUAAAAGAGACUACCACCAUUAGGAUGGACAUGUUUUAGUGAACUAUGCUCCCAAAGCUUAUCAAAGCUCACUUUUCACAGCCAUGGCACCACAGGGUGUGCCCAAGAUGCUUGCGUGUGCGUAUGACUAUGUAUGUGUGUGCGUGUGUGUGUGUGUGUGUGUGCGUGUGUGUGUGUGUGUGUUUGUGUGACUAUGUAAUGUGUUAUGCUUUGCUCCUUCAACCAGUACUCAUUAGCGUAAAGUGAGCUACUUGACAAAGCAUGCAUGCUACAGCUAAAGUAGCCAGCCACUGGAGUAAACAAAACAAAGACAAAGGAUCCAGUGAGAUAAUUGCUAGUGUGAAAACUUCUUCCACUCUUACAAACAUUGCAGGAGGUGCUGAACCACAAAUUCAGAAGAAGCAAAACAUUAUUUAAUUUCAACUUACUGUUUGUUCAAAUUACUCUCAGUGUAGGUGAAACAAAAACUUAGAGGAACAUGCUACCCCAUAAGCAUCGCAUAAAGCUCAGUAAGUACACCAACUGCAAAGCAAAAGAGGAUAUGUAUCAAAAUGUGUGCAUUACAGAAGUCAAAUGCACUAGAUGUGUUUUGGAGUGCAAAAAAAAAAGAGCAAUGAUGUAAAAAAUUGGGCCUGGUGUCAGCAAACUGGAUGAACAGUCCUGGUUGCAGCUGGAGCUGGUCCAUCAUCAUGAUAAACUAUUUCAGUACUGAAUGAACUGAAAUUCUGCUCACAGCAUUUUUCGCUAAUACCAAGAGAGCUAAUUCUAACAAAAACAUGUUUCAAAACAUCUGUACAGACUGUUAUAUAUAAAUAUAUAUCCUUAAUAAGCAGCUAUGUCAGAAUGAGAUUUCUGCCUCCUUAUAUUUUUUUUAUUUUGGUCAGUUUCACUUAUGCAAAAGCACUGCAGAGGGUACUUUCCUACUGCGUCCCUUUGACCCCUUUCAGUUUGUUCUCUGCUGGACUUCCUGUCAGUAGUGAUCAUGUCCGAUUCGUUCAACUUUGGUUUGUGUUGUGACUAAAACAUUUGUCUAGUCUAAGGGGGUGCUUGUGAAUUGAACAAACGAAAAGCCAUGUAGCUAGUGAAGAGAAAAAAUAAAUAAAUAAAAUGAAAAAAUGACACCAUAUGGACCCCUGCAGUAACUGCACCUGGAACUUGCUGAAUUUUUGCCCAACUUCUCCCAGAUGCCAGCUUUAUGUAAUGGGAUUAUCUUUGUUAUGUUUGUUCAGACAUGUACUUUGGUGUUGUUCAUCAGAUACAUGAAAAUAAAAAAAGUUAAUCAUUCUGAUGUGAUAUGUUUUAAAUGUAUAUAAUUAUUUUCUAUUGACGUUAUGGAUGCCUUAUGUUUUUCUAAACAAAUGUCAGUACAUCAAAUAUUGUUCCCUUACUUAGAAUAUAAACUGCAAUUUAAACAAAAUAAUCUCAUGCUUCUGCUGUUUUGUUUGUUUUGUUUUAGUUAUUUAUGUAUUUA